AGAAAUGAGUUCUGCUUUGAAUCCAAGUCCACUAUCGGCGUUGAAUUUGCAACCCGUACUCUUCAGGUGGAGGGAAGAACGGUGAAGGCUCAAAUAUGGGACACAGCAGGGCAGGAGAGGUAUCGCGCCAUAACCAGUGCCUAUUACAGAGGCGCAGUCGGAGCAUUGUUAGUCUACGACGUGACAAAGCCCGUCACCUUUGACAACAUCGACCGUUGGUUGAAGGAACUGAGAGAGCACGCGGAUUCAAACACCGUCAUUCUGCUCAUAGGGAAUAAGACCGAUCUUAACCAUCUCCGGGCAGUCGGGACGGAGGAUGGUGAGAGUUAUGCGCAAAGGGAAGGUCUCUCAUUUAUUGAAACCUCUGCUUUGGAGGCAACCAAUGUGGAGCAAGCGUUCCAGACCGCUCUUUCUGAAAUGUUGGCUAGGGUCGUCAGUAAGAAGUCGAUUCUAGCCGAGUCAAAUGGCGUUAGUGGUAGUGUAAAGAAAGGAAGGAGUCUUGUUGUUGAUGCACAGGAGACAGUGACCAAGAGAACUUGCUGUUCCACAGCUUAACUGAGAGCACUUUGUAUGUAUUAGUUUGGGUCUAAACUAUUUGUUUUGUAUGAAUGUCUUUAUAUGUUUAAGUAAUUCAACCAUGUUAGUUAUAUAUGUGCACUUCACAAUACUUCGCGCACUAGUCCAUGCUCAUUCAAGAUAGUUCACACACAUAAUAAGUUUGUGUGAAGCAAAUCAAAUAUUUCAUAUGAGAAUGUCUAUUACACAAAUCAACAUCUGUGUAACAUAGUUCACAAAUAUUAAUUUUUGAAUGCGAAGAUAUUACAUGUUUUUCAUGUCCAUU